AACUGUCGGAUGGGCAAUUCACGAUUAAAGAAUUUAGUCUUGAAUCCGCCGGUAGUUUAAAGUUAAAAAAUAGUUACUAAUUUUUUUAUUUUGUGAUUUUUAUCUUUCUAUAUGAAAAUAGCAGUUUUAAUAUGUUAAUUCACUCUAAAUUAUUUAAACACAAAAUUAGCUUAUACUUGUGGUAGGGUUUGUCAUCAUGCUUCACUAGUUAAGCUUCUAUAGUUCCAACCACCACCCUCAAGACUAGGAUGAAAUUUUGACGCAAUAUUGAAAUGGCACCUUCCCUUGAUGUGAAAUAGAUAUACAUUUUUUCUUUUCUAGUACUUAACUUGUCUCCUUAUUACACUUAUCAUGCUCUCUCUCUCUCUCUAUAUCCCCUGUUUUUCGAAUCAUCCUUUGAUUCUUUCCAUUCUAUAUCCUCCGCAUUAGCCUAGAUCAUCCUCGCCUUUCUCUCAUCAAUACAUACACGCACAUAUAUAUACAUAUAUGCUCAAAUCACUAGCUACUCUCACGAAUUAAUAUAUACAAUGCAUUCUUCAAUGACAAUAACCCUACUUGUCACCCUAAUGGUCUUCCUCAUCCCACCAGCCACCUCCACUUCUCGGCACUCCCUCGACCACCGCCGCCCCGACGCCAAAACCGGGUUCGAGGUGACGCUGAAACACGUGGAUUCCGGCGGGAACUUCACCAAGCUGGAGCUCCUCCAGCGCCGGAUGAAGCGGGGGAGGAAGAGGAUGGAGCGCCUCUACGCAAUGGCCCUCGCCGCAUCCGACCCCAGCGUCUCCGCCCCGAUCCACCCCGGCAACGGCGAGUUUCUCAUGGACAUAUCCAUCGGCACGCCGCCGGCGUCCUACUCCGCCAUACUAGACACCGGCAGCGACCUCAUCUGGACCCAAUGCAAACCCUGCAAGCAAUGCUUCUCCUCUCCAAACCCUAUCUUCGACCCCAAAAAGUCCUCCUCCUUCGCCAACCUCCCUUGCUCCAGCGACCUCUGCGCCGCGCUGCCCCUCUCCUCCUGCGGCAGCGCCUCCGCCUGCGAGUAUUUAUACACCUACGGCGACUACUCGUCGACGCAGGGGGUCAUGGCCACGGAGACCUUCACCUUCGGGAAGGUCUCCGUCCCCAAAGUCGGGUUCGGGUGCGGGCUCGACAACGAGGGGGGCGGGUUCAACCAGGGGGGCGGCCUCGUCGGGCUGGGCCGCGGCCCGCUCUCGCUCGUCUCCCAGCUCGACGAGCCCAAAUUCUCCUACUGCCUAACGUCGAUCGACUCGACGAAAACGAGCACGCUCUUGAUGGGCUCGCUCGCAAACCUCGACGCCACCAAGGAAACUAUCAUGACCACUCCAUUGAUCAAGAAUCCAUCAUCGCCUUCUUUCUACUAUCUUUCCUUGCAAGGGAUCUCGGUGGGUGAAACGAAGCUUCCCAUCAAGAAAUCGGCAUUCGAGAUCAAGGGCGACGGCAGCGGCGGCAUGAUCAUCGACUCCGGCACGACGAUAACUUAUCUAGAGGAGAGCGCGUUCGAUCUGGUGAAGAAGGAGUUUACGAAGCAGGUGCAGCUGGCGGUGGAUGAGUCGAACGAGACGGGGCUUGAUCUGUGCUUCAAGGUGCCGUCGGGGGCGGAGAAUGUGGAGGUGCCGAAGCUGGUGUUCCAUUUCGAGGGGGCGGAUUUGGAUCUGCCGGGGGAGAACUACAUAAUCGGCGAUCCGAGCGGGGUGGCAUGCCUGGCGAUGGGGGGGUCGAGUGGGAUGUCCAUAUUUGGAAAUGUGCAGCAGCAGAAUAUGCUAGUGGUUCAUGAUCUUGUCAAGGAGGCUAUUUCGUUUGUGCCCAAACAGUGUGAUGAUUUGUGAUUGUUUAAUUUUCAUUUUUAUGGUGUACCAAAAUUUGUUGUGUAUUUUACACGUGACAUUCGCUUAUGGAUGGAGGCAGGGUAAAGAAAGCAUCCCUUCUUUCGUGUUGAUGUUGUUUGUGUGUGUGCGAAAGAGAGGGAGAAUUUGAUUUUCAUGAACUUGGAUAUAUAUUGGCCCUUUUCGAAUCUA